GAAAGAGCUAUUUGUGGAAGAAGAAGCAGGUAUGAUAUAGAGAAGUAGCUACAAGAACCUGUUUACAAAAUAUCUCUUGUGCUCGUUCUCUACAGGAUACACAUAGAGUCGUAGGUUCAAUAAAUCAAAUCCAAGAACGACAUGCGAGAAAAAUGACAGAAGGAAGGGCGGCGCCGCGGCCGGCGCCCCAGGACGAUAGCUCGGAUUCAGACGACGAGCCAGAGUUUGAGCAAGUAAACUACUUCAGGAAAUUGCCUCUUCUACUUCUGAUUUCAUAUAACAAAGAAAAGAACCGCAAGCUGAGAUAAGAUCAGCGACAGCAGACAAGAGCUGUGGUUGCUAGUUCAGGAGAUUCCCUUAUAUAACCGGUAGGGUUGCUCUCCUCUGGAGGUACUUCCCUACUGGAUGGGCUCACCAUUAGACACUCAUAGCUACAUAAGAGGUAGUGCCAUGACAUGACAUAUUUUUCCCCUCAGGUAAAAGUCUUAGUUCUUGGCGACGGAGCUGUAGGGAAGACAUCCCUAAUUCAGCGAUUUGCUCACGAUCAUUUUUAUGGCCGCAAUUUGAAUUUCACCCUAAGACUGUAAGAAUGUUCUGUUCUAACGGAUAAAAUAACAGUUCCUUCUUAUCUGUUCUACCAAAUUUAUUGUAAUUUCACCUAAGAGAUGAACUCAUUGCUAUGUGAUGAAUGAAUUAAUGAAUUUCUUCGUAAAAUCAAAUGAAAAUAUGUAGAGACCCGUGCUAACUCUCUUAACUCUUACUGCAAUCGCUAACUUUUCGGGCAAAGCUACAAGCAGACGAUUGGGGUGGACUUCUGCACCAAACGGAUAAGUUUUCCUUCCGCGCCGCAAAAGCAGAUAUGCCUCCAGAUAUGGGACAUCGGAGGCCAAUCGAUAUUAUGGGUAUAAUAAUUCACAGUCUAGGCUGACCACAAUUCGCUCACUCGUCGUUCUUCAUCACCUAAGACAAACGAUAGAAAAUUAUGAAGGAAGUAGUGCAUCAAGUAAUUAAACAUUACACCUCUCGAAUGGGUACACUACUACUACUACUACUACCAACACGAGCCUCGAAGAACUCCAUCAUCUAGUCUAGUUUUCCUUGAGGUGAUGCUGAGUUUCCUUCGUCUAUAUGUACUUAUAAUUGUUUUUUUGUUGAGGAUACGAAAGGUUGAGGAUACGAAAGAGUUCCUCGACAAGAAAACAAUAAGUAAUCCUAGACAACCUUAAAAUUGUACUGAUUGUAUUCAACAACCUUAAACCAAGAAAUAACAAGGUUAUUGGUAAUAUCAUACUUAAACCAAGAAUUGAAUACUGUUAUUUGUGUUGACUUCCUAGAUACUUAAGUUUGAGUACCUAUUGUUUUCUUGUUGAGGAUACGAAAGAGUUGUCGAGUUCUAGUACCAAAAAAUAAUCCUAGAAGUCAACAUGAAGGAAUGUGCUACAUGUUUACAUGCUACGAUCUAAUUCUAGGAGGCAAAAUGAUCGCGUCUUAUCUACACAAAGCAGACGCCGUUUUUCUGUGCUACGACAUCAUUAUGAUCGGAAGAAUUUGGUACUAUCAAGUAGAUCAGCGACUUGAUGGAAGUCCUCACUACACUUUCACUCCAUAGAAAUACUGGUCUUAGAAAGUCGUAGGCUUACCUUAGUACCACCAAGUAGAUCUUGGUGACUAAGUGGCUGACUCCUUCGCUUUCGGAUUUAAUCUUUCGGAUUUCAACUCCAAACACGUGGUCUUCUUCGUCUACUUCCUUGUAGUAAUUCAUCCUCUGCUUCUGGUGCUCCAUGCUCUUCCUCCUCUAAUCUCUCAAGCUACCAGAGCUUCGAGAACCUGCGGGAUUGGCUGUCUCUAGUAAGGGAACAUUGCAACAAGCAGGAAGAGGAGGAGCCCUACGUCGUUUUGGUUGGGACUAAAUUUAUGGUCAGCUUUUCACUAUCCCUUAGCCCACCUUCAUGCUUUUAUCCACUCUGACUGUCCCAGCAUCUCAGCUGCUGUACAUAUCCGUCAGACCACUGUCCCAUCAGCAUCUCUUCGCACCCCUCUUGUUCCCAGCGAUUCUUUUUGGACAAGAAUAGACACAGAAGACUGCCCCACGGCUCAUAGACUGCCGUCUCUUGAACGGGAAAGCUGACCCUUGAACGGGACGGGGAGACGGAAACGACUCUAAUAGAUCCGACCUGAACCAUCUACGAGCUGUGAAGGCUGUCCGUCACACCCAGUUUUGCGAAAUGGAGAGAAUGCAGUAUUUUUUCUCUACUAUUCUUUCUUCCCAUGAUCCCUUAGACUUUCUCCAUUCUUGAAGACCUAUAUCCCUAGGCUUAAUAUCCCUUCAAACAACUACCUGUAUCUGGCUGUAAUAUACCUCUAUCUACCUGUAGUAUGCGUCUACCUCUCCUCAUCAUCGAUGACGCAGAGUAUCUACCUCUACCUCUGCUCAAGCACCCUGCUGAAUGACGUAUAACAUCUACUCUCUAGUACCCUUACCUCUACUGCCAUUUCUCCUCAUCAAUGACGCAUAACACCUACCUCGUACAUCUCUCCUCAGCGGAGAAUAUUUGGUUUCCUUAGUGACGCAUAACACCAACCUCCUACAUCUCCCCUCAACGGUGCUGCAUGACACCUAGCUCACACCUACCUCCUACACCUCUUCUCAUCAGCGGAGCAUACUUGGUUUCUUCGAAAAUGGGAGAUGGAGUGGAAAGCAUGUUUCAUAAGGUCGCCGCCGACCUAUGUGAUAUUCCGCUUUCAGCAGCGCAGGAAACGGCACUACAUUAUGAGCUUUUUGUGAAUGGAAGGAUAUAGUGACAUUGUGAAUGGAAGGAUAUAGUGACGUUGUGAAUGGAAGGAUAUACUGAUCUUGUGAAUGGAAGAAUAUAAUGGCAUAGGUGAGAUUGUGAAUGGAAGAGGAAAUCGAGACUUUAUGUAAGGCUAUGAUGGCAUAGGCGUGGAAAGAUUUGAUGACAACAUUGAAUGUUGUGUAACAAGGGGUUGGUGUUGGCGACAUAGGAGUGCGAAAAAGGCGUGUUUGUGAGACCACCUUUAAUAUCUUGUUCUAAUUCCUAAAGCCUGUGGUUGCUGAGAUCAUAGACCAUCCGCGAAACGACCCUCAGCAUCCUGUCGCUAGUGCCGCCAGAGGCUCCAAGGGGAGCAAGAGCAAGUGUGCUAUCAUGUAGGACGUCGGAUACAAGUAGACACUCCCUUUCCGCUUGAGU